AUGGUAAGUUAUGCCAGUGGGCUGCCACUAGCUCUUGAAGUUUUGGGUUCUUAUUUGUUUGGAAGAAACAUAGUAGAAUGGAAAAGUGCAUUUGAUAAAUUACAACAAAUUCCUCAUGAGAAAAUUCAGGAAAAACUUAGGAUAAGUUUUGAUGCACUAGAUGAUGACAACAUGAAGGAUAUCCUCCUUGAUAUUGCAUGCUUUUUCAUUGGAAUGGAUAGAGACUAUGUCAUUACUAUAUUGAAUGGUUGUGGUUUCUUCGCAGAAAUUGGAAUUAGUGUUCUGAUGAGUAGAUGUUUACUGAGAAUUAGUAAAAACAAUAAGUUGAUGAUGCAUGAUCUACUUAGGGAUAUGGGGAGGGAGAUUAUUCGUGAAAAAUAUCCGAAUGAGCCUGAAAAGCGCAAUAGAUUGUGGUUUUAA